AUGGCGAGGUUCAGCUGGGGAUACGGCGAGCACAAUGGUCCUAUUCAUUGGAAUGAAUUUUUCCCUAUUGCUGAUGGAGAUCAACAAUCUCCAAUUGAGAUUAAAACCAAAGAAGUGAAAUAUGAUUCUUCCCUCCGACCUCUUAGUAUCAAGUAUGACACAAGCUCAGCUAAAAUCAUCAGUAAUAGUGGCCAUUCCUUCAAUGUUGACUUUGAUGACACAGAGGACAAAUCAGUUCUGCGUGGGGGUCCUCUCACCGGAAGCUACAGGUUACGACAGUUUCACCUUCACUGGGGGUCCACAGAUGAUCACGGCUCUGAACACGUGGUGGACGGCGUGAGAUAUGCCGCAGAGCUCCACGUUGUUCACUGGAAUUCAGACAAAUACCCCAGCUUUGUUGAGGCAGCUCAUGAGCCAGAUGGACUAGCUGUCUUGGGUGUAUUUUUGCAGAUUGGUGAGCAUAAUCCCCAACUGCAAAAGAUUACUGACAUUUUGGAUUCCAUUAAAGAAAAGGGUAAACAAACUCGAUUCACAAAUUUUGACCCAUUAUCUCUGCUUCCUCCAUGCUGGGAUUAUUGGACGUAUCCUGGUUCCCUUACAGUCCCACCUCUUCUAGAGAGCGUCACUUGGAUCAUUUUAAAACAACCUAUAAACAUCAGCUCUCAACAGCUGGCCACAUUCCGCACCCUCUUGUGUACAGGGGAGGGCAAAGCUGCGGCUUUUUUGUUGAGCAAUCACCGUCCACCACAGCCUCUGAAGGGCCGAAAAGUGAGAGCCUCUUUCCAUUAAAAGUUGUCACCAGUAGACCACCCCAAAUGUGUCUGUGGAGAGAAAACAAAACAAAACAAAACAAACACAAAAAUCCCUACUAACAGUUCUUUCCUAGAAUUCUAAUUUAUGGGGUGCCAUUUUGCUAUCAGCUUCAACACAAAGAAAAUCAGAUCUUUUUAAUCAAACUAACUUAAGUCAUCUGUCUCAGAUUUGCAGUAUAUAAGCAGUA